CACUCACUCACUCUCCUACUCUCCACUCUGCCACCCUUCAAACAAUCUGAGCCUCUACGCCCAUUGUUUUUCUUUCACUCUCAAAACUCUGCAAAGACAGAGAAAGAGAGCAAAAGGUAUGGCAAUUUCAUUCACAAUUUCCCAUAUUACCCCUCUCGUAUUCUUUUAUUUACUCCUCCUAUCCUCCUCCUCUAAAACCACCACUGCCACUGCUCUCAACAUAACCUCUAUCCUCUCCUCCUUCCAAAACCUAUCCUCCUUUUCCUCCCUCCUUUGCUCCACCUCCGUCGCCUCUGACUUCACCCGCAGCGACCCCAUUACUUUACUCGCCGUCCCAAACUUAUACCUCUCGCUUUCUCCUUCCUCCGACGUCACGCGCCGCCUCCCACCAUCCUCUCUUGGCGACAUUCUCCGCUACCACAUUCUCCUACAAUACUUCUCCUGGACCGACCUCCUCCAGAUCCCACCCUCCGGCGUUCUCGUAACCACUCUCCUCCAAACAACAGGCCGGGCCCGUUCCAACUUCGGCGCCGUUAAUAUCACCCGUAACCCUUUAACCAACUCCAUCACAAUCCAAUCACCCGCUCCCUACUCCCCCUCAAACGCCACCGUUUUGUCCUUAAUCAAAACCCUCCCUUACAACAUCACAAUCCUAGCCAUUAAUUCGCUCCUUGUUCCCUACGACUUCAAUCUAAUGGCUUCCGAAACCCGCCCUCCCCUUGGCCUCAACAUUACCAAAGCCCUAAUCGACGGGCACAAUUUCAACGUCGCGGCCUCGAUGUUAUCCGCUUCUGGCGUUGUUGACGAAUUCGAAGCCGACGAAGGCGGUGCUGGGAUCACUCUCUUUGUCCCCACCGACGGCGCCUUCGCCGAUCUUCCUGGAAACGUGAAAUUGCAGUCGCUUCCAGCUGAUAAGAAAUCGGUGGUUCUAAAAUUCCACGUGCUUCAUUCUUAUUACCCUUUGGGUUCACUGGAGUCCAUCGUGAACCCAGUUCAACCCACAUUAGCGACGGAAGAUAACGGCGCUGGCAGCUUCACUCUCAACAUUUCCAGAGUCAACGGAUCCGUGGCGAUCGAUUCAGGAAUCGUUCAAGCAUCGGUUACCCAAACGGUUUUCGAUCAAAACCCCGUUGCAAUUUUCGGGGUUUCCAAGGUUUUGUUGCCUAGAGAGAUUUUUGGGAAAGAUCCGACGGUGGUAACAGCAAAACCGGGGAAUGCAGUGGUGGGGACAACGGUUCCACCACCGGAAAUAUCUCCAUCGCCAGAGAAUUCACCUGGGUUAAGUGGCCCAGCAUCACAUCUUUCGUCACCGCCGGGGUUUCGAGAAGAGAUAAAAUCGGACGGUCAGAGAUAUCGAGUGCAGAGCUGCAUUGUUGCUCUGUGUUGUAUAGGAUUGUAUCUACUGGUAUGAGCUUGAAGCAUAAUUAUUUUCAUAUUUUUUUCACUCUAAAUUACUGGAUUCUAAAUUCUAUCUCCAGUGCAUCAAUUUUUCUUCCCUUUUCUUGUUGUAAAAUGUAAAUCUUUUCAUUUUGGUAAUAUAGUAUCCUGCAUAUGUAUCAUUUCAAUAAUUAAUGGAAUUUUCAAGAACAUUCAUGCUUAAUCUCUUUUUAUACAGUAAAUUCAUAUUUUUGAUUAUUUGGUAGAUAAAAAAAUCCGGGUCUUCCAAAUUCAACAGUCAAGACCCAAUUUUUUUUUCUUUUUCUGUUUACCCUUCUGUAGCAAUUACAAAACUAUAAAGAACCAAACUUUUCCAUCAAAAUCCUGACUUCUCAGAGCUUUGCAGCACCACCAGUUUUCCCAAAGUUUUGAUUUUUUUUGGGAAUGGGCAAAAAGCGGCUUGUUUUGGCCGGUAGAGCAAAGUUGCUACAAGAAGCUAAAGUGGGGGCAGUUUAGUAAAAAGAGAAAUGCAUGCAUUUUACAAGAAAACUGCAGAGAGGCUGAGAGAGGGUGAGAGAAUCUAACAUGUUUUGGACUGUUAUGGCGUUUUGCUAGAUUUUUUUUUAUCAAGUCAUUGCAUUGCUGUAAGGGCAGUAGUGAAGAAAGCAAAGAAAGUGGGUGACAGAAGGCAGGGUGACGGAGGAUUCUGGCCUGGUCCCAUGAUUUUCUACGGUUGAGAUACGACAUUGAGUUUAAGUGAAAGCGUGCUUAGCUGUUUGAUUGCUUGAUAAGAUCAGUGUGAAAAUAAAAAAAAGAAAAGGACAGCGUACGGGGGGAGAUCAAGGGUGAGGUGUGCUCGCAGCUCAGCUUUAAUUGAGUUCUUGUUGGUUCCGUGUAAAAUGUAAGACGUGGGCACUUGUCUGAUAGUUACUGCAUUUUGAGAGACUUUGUCACGAUUUCAAAAGAAAAGGGUUGAUGGGUCCGGUUGGAGAACUUUUGGAUACUGCCUUUGGCAAGGGAACCCC